UUCUAAUACAACGGACACUCCAGUACUUUAAUAUUACAUUUGUUCUAAAUAUCCGGACAAUACCUUGAAAAGUUGAGUUACCAUUCAUUGACGGCAAGUAAGACCUAAAGUGCUGCAGUUAGAUAGCUUUGAGUAGCUAGUUUUAGAUAGCUAGUGCAACUAUUCAGUCGUACCCUGUUCUAUUAAACUUAGCUAGCUCGCAUGCAGCUGCUUGCUUGUUCUAAUUAUUCCGGACACUUCACAUGCUCUAUAAAAAUCUGUUCCAAUUAUACCCGGACAAUUUCCAAAAUAAUUAUUUUUUGCUGUCCGAUAAAUUAGAAGAUAUACGGUACUAAUAAUUAUUAUGUAUAUAUCACUUUCUGUUGUUUCGAAUAAAGCAUCUCAGUAAUUGGAAUAUUUCUGUAAGUACUGUAAUCAACCCCUAGCGUGUGAUGCUACUGCUCUACUCUACUCUCUGUAUUAUUUUGAUGGCUAAGUAGUUAAUGAACGAUUAUGUUGUGUUGCUACUGCAGGCGACUGGAGAUCCAUACUACCUGGACGUCAGUCGAUCAGUGGUGAACAACUUGAACAAGUACGCCAGAGUGAGGUGUGGCUUCGCUGCCAUCAAGGACCUCAGGACCAACGCUCACGAGGACAGAAUGGACUCCUUCGUACUGGCUGAGACGUUCAAGUAUCUGUUCUUGUUGUUUGCUGACGAGGGGGACAGUCCCCUGAACAUGGAUGACUUUGUGUUCACGACUGAGGCCCACCUCUUCCCCCUCUCCCUCGCCAGCGCUAACACCACCCUCAAUAGAGUCGUCCAAGAGGCAUUACUGGUGAAGAACACAGACCUGGUGAAUAUGAGCACUGUCACUGUUACUACUAGCGGACCAGACUCUUCCGGGAAGGCAGCAAAGAACAAACCAGUCGCUGACAGCUUCACUAAAGGUGUCUCCUGUUCACUGACGAGAGUGUCCUCCCUCACAAGGUGGGUAAGGAGAGGCUGCUGUCAAAUGGUAUAAGAGGACAAAGCAAGGGCAAACUCCACCCACUCAAUCAGCGGUGGAUUAUAACGAGCAGGGGCCCACUCAUGAUGUGUGUAGUUCAUGGAUCAUCGAGCCAGUACAGUGGAUGGAAAGCUCUCUACUGGGCAAAGUGGAGGGGAAGAUUCUGUGUCUCAAGUGCUCGGCUCGUGUGGGGUCAUUCAACUGGUCAGGUGAUCAGUGCUCGUGUGGGCAGUGGGUCACACCCUCCUUCCAGAUACACAAGGCACGAAUAGACGAAACCAGAACACUCACUAGGAGAAAAGUGGACAAAACUGUAUAGUUAGCAAAUUACUGAAUUAUUGUCCAAAUUCAAACAUUAAUUUUUUCGAUCAUUUGAA